GAUCAAUAUCCCCGAGUCAGGGAACGGCGACGAUGAAGUGGCUAUCUGGAACGGCGAUCCGCCAACGACGGCCGAACUCCAGCGGUUCCGAAGGGAGUAUGUCCAGCCGGUCCAGCUCAGGGUCCUCAACGUUUUCCGCCAGUGGGUCGAACAUCAUUUCUACGACUUUGAGAACAAUCCAGACCUGAGAGUUCAGCUGGAGGAAUACAUCACCAAAAAACUGCAACUCCGAGGCAAGUCUAUGAGAAAGUGGGUGGAGUCCAUAAAUAAGGUGAUCAGGCGGAAGCUUCAAAUCCAGUCGAACGGCGUCAGUCACAACAUCACCUUCGAGAGCUCGCCUCCUCCCUUCGAGUGGCACAUCUGCAAAGCCGGCCAGAUUGAGAACUUUGAACUCAUGACCCUUCACCCCAUAGAGAUCGCCCGCCAGCUCACUCUGAUCGAGUCUGAGCUCUACAGAGCCGUCCGGCCGUCAGAGCUGGUGGGCAGCGUCUGGACCAAAGAGGACCGAGAGAAGAACUCUCCAAACUUGCUCCGCAUGAUCCGCCACACCACCAACCUCACGCUGUGGUUUGAGAAGUGUAUCGUCGAGAUGAUGAACCACGAGGAACGGGUUGCCGUGUUGUCGCGGGUCAUCGAGAUCCUGCAGGUUUUCCAGGAGCUCAACAACUUCAACGGCGUGCUGGAGGUGGUCAGCGCCAUCAACUCUGUCCCGGUCUACAGGCUGGACCACACCUUCGAGGCAAUACCAGAAAGGAAAAAGAAAAUCUUGGAGGAAGCGGUGGAACUGAGCCAGGAUCAUUUUAAGAAGUACUUGGCUAAACUAAAGUCGAUAAACCCGCCCUGCGUGCCUUUCUUUGGCAUCUAUUUAACCAACAUCCUGAAGACGGAGGAAGGCAACCCCGACUUCCUGCGACGUCACGGCAAAGACCUGAUCAACUUCAGCAAGCGACGGAAAGUGGCUGAAAUAACCGGAGAAAUCCAGCAGUACCAGAACCAGCCCUACUGCCUGAAGAUGGAGCAGGACAUCAGGAAGUACUUUGAGAACCUGAAUCCCAUGGAGAACAUGAGUGAGAAGGAGUUUUCAGACUACCUGUUCAAAAAGUCUCUGGAAAUUGAGCCGCGGAACGCCAGGCAGCCUGCGCGAUUCCCCAGGAAGACCACGUACUCCCUGAAGUCCCCCGGGCUCCGGCCCGUGCGAACGUCUACCUCUGGCACCCUGAAGGGCCACCCGGUGGCCCUGGAGCGGGACCUGCAGCACAAGAUCACCUUCCGCAGCAUCGCUGAGAACGACCAGGACCCCCCGUCCUCGGCCUCGGUGCCCACCUCUCCCAACACGCCCACCCCGCCGCCGUCGGCCUCCUCUGAUCUCGGCCCGGUCUUCGACCACGACCUCAACAGCUCCUACGGCAGCUCUAUGUUCCCCUGUCCUCUGAACCCUUCAAAGUUACAGUCCGUCUCCUGCGGCAGCCUCCACCAGCUGGGAGAGGAGCCGAAGCCGCCUCCUCUACCUCCUCGAAGGAAAGACACCGUGUCCGAAACCAAAAGCUCCAUGUGCGACAGCCCCCCCGCCAUCCCUCCGCGGCUCCCCCCCCUGCCGAGGAACCAGCACCGCUCUCCGCUCUACAACGGCCCCCACUACGACGGACCCCUGCCCAGCCCGCCUCCCCCGCCGCCCCGGGACCCGCUCCCCGACACGCCCCCGCCGGUGCCCUUGCGUCCUCCGGAGAUCUUCAUCAACUACCCGCAGCCGUCGCCCGGCCCGGGCGUGGCCCGCUACAACUGGGACCUGAACAGCUCACCCAGCUCGCCCAACACGCCGCCCAGCACGCCGUCGCCACGUGUCCCCCGGCGGGGCUGCCCCCUCAGCGCCAGCCAGAACAGCCUCUGCCCUCUCCCCACUGCCGCCCCGCCCGUGCCCCCGCGCCACAACCCCGUCCCACAGCUCCCCAAGCUCCCGCCAAAGACGUAUAAGCGGGAGGCUCUGCAGCCGCCGCCGCUGCAGAGCCUCCCAUUGGUGGAGAACACAGACGGCAGCCAGUGAGGCGGCUCCGCCCCCGUAAGCCACCAAAAAAAAAAAAAAACUCAAGAGCCGCUGAUCUGAAAAAGAACAGGAGCCGCUCUGCAACAAUCCCGCCACACCUGCCUCGUCCGCUCAGGGGAUCAGUAGCUCCGCCUCCUCCGCAAACCCUCUGUGCCAACGACGAAACUCACACCGCCGUGCCAGCUAGCAAACAGCCCAGGAGCGUCGGCGUCUGCGAGGCGCAGGGACGGCCAGCUCCUGGUGGGGGGCGUCUUUACCCCCAAGGCUCCUCAGACUCCGUAGCCUCAAUCGCGCUUCUUUCUCCGUUUCCUUUUGGGCAUUGACGUCAGUCGGCUUUCCCUCUGCAGCUCAGAGCUCCACAACCUCAGAGAUCGUCCGAAGCCCUUCGGCUGAUCCGCUUCGUGUUUGUCUUUUUUUGUUUCUGUCCUAUUAACUGAAGACAGUUGCCAAAGUCUUAUUUUAUGCAGGGGGAAAAGGGAUUUUCUUUUUGUUUUUAAAGCGAUUCUAAACACUAAAUGAAACACUACAAAGAGCUGAAUCCCCCCCUCCCCCCGCCGCUCCCUCCCUCACUUUGUAUCUCAAGCUGUACACUGUGACUGUAAAGUAGCAAACUGUCUUUGUUUUGUUUUUAUUUGUUUUGGAGGUUGUUUGCCUAAAAGCCUCUCUGCAGCCACAAAAGAAAAAUGUUGCCUUUCUCUUUUUUUUUUUUUUUUUUUUUUUUUAAAAGAAAAAAACAACAGCGGUGACCUCUGACCCCAGUCCUAUUGGCCCAGACGGACACGACAGCUGAGCCAAGAACACUCCGUUUGCACAAAGCGUUGGGCAAAGUCAGCAGGUUCAGGUUGGACGGACCUCACUCUAACCGACCCCGCCCACCUGCCGCCCUCCUCCUCCACCCGGACGUCACGCCGCUGUCCGACACUGUGCUCCUCCUGCCCUCGACUCCAGCUUCUUUAUUUGUGUUGAGACUUUUUGCACUGGAAGCAUUUCCCCCCACCAAAGCUUUAGGAGGAGGAUGGCUCAGCCUUUCACCCUCCUCCUGCUCCUCCCCUUCUCUCUCUCUGUCUCUCUCUCUUUCUCCCCCCAGCGGCUACUCCUGAUGCCUGAAAUCCACGAAAAACAAACAAAAAAAAAGGAACUUUUUAACCCAACUUCUUCCUCUUUUUUUUUUUCUGGCUUGAAACAUUUGGUUUCGGUUCAGACAGACUGAAACGAUCCACGCCUCGCGCUCGGAUGUGCCUUUUUAGUUCGUUUUCUACUUUCCGGAAAUAAAGCAGACGGCGUCUAAAACGCUUAAAAAAGGAAAAAAAAAACUUGCCUAUGUAAUGUUUAGAACAAAAGCUAUACACUAUAAAAAAAUAGUACGUUUGUUCAUGCUGUGUGUAUAUAUAACAUGUAUACACUAACUGAGUCAUUUGUAUAAAGUGAAAAUCUUUCCCUCCUCCCUUCGUCUUAACAUACCAUCAUCCACCCUUUUUUCCCCCCAGUCUUUUUCUUAAAAAUCCAACGCUGCUACAGUGGGCUAAAAAAAAAACAAACAAAAAAACAGGUCACUGUUGCUAAUUUGCAGACAAUCUCCAGUUCAGCCACUGCGAUAAUUUCCCAGGAAAAGCCAUUCAUUUCCCCCUCUGGUGCUUCAAAGCAAUGGAAACGAUCCAGUUUAAUACACCAAGCACUUACAUACACAGACGACGCGUGCUUCACUUUGUACAUCCUACUAAUUGCCUUUUUAUCUCCCUUUCAAAGACUUUUUAAUGCUUACGCUCAUCAAACAGAGGUUGGAGUAGUAUUAAAGUUGCAAUGGAAUAUAUUCAAGUCAUGUUUUGGCGCAUAGUAAAGAAUUGGGGGGUGUUUUUUUUUGUUUUGUUUUUCUUUGUGUGUUUUUUUUGUGUGUGUUUUUUUGGGAGUAACACACUUUGUGCACUUUAGGCUGUACUGUUUAAGAGCCACAGUUGUCACAGGAAUGUUUGUAAAUGCAGUGACCCUGGGCAACACAGAUCAGGCCAGGAAAGACACAAGUCUACCACCUCAGUUUGUUCCUUUUCUUUAUUUCUCUGACAUUUUCCAUGUCACCCAAACGCUCGGUCGGCGGCUAAUCGCCACGAACAACUCUUUUUAAAAAAAACUAUAUAUAUAAAUAAAUACAUUUUUGCUCAUUCACUUCGAGUUCAGGUAGGAGGAGGAGGAUGGAGUUUUUCAAACUAGUCCUGCGACGCGGUGUUUGGGAGGAUUUUCGUUCUGGUUUCAUGUGAGAACACUUUGUCGUUUCGUCUUCGUUUUCCCCGUCUCAGAGGUUCCCGUGUCAGUAUUGAUGGGGUUGAUCUUACCAAGGUCUCUUUUGUUGUUGUCGUUUCAAACCGCCCCUCUCACAUCCACCCACCCACACCCUCAAAAUAACUAUUAAGUUCUCUGUUGAUGGCACUGUAACAGCUUGAUCCAGCAAUCAGUUUGUUUGAUGGUAUGUGGCCUUUUAACUGCUUUGUAUUAAUGAUCUUGAUGAGAUUAAUAAAUCACCCAGUCUUAUUUUGUACUGAA